CAGUUUAAGAUGACUUCAGGGGAUAUUUUUGGUUUAAGGAUAAAUAAACUUUUUAUUGAAAUAUAAGAUACAUACAGAAAAGUGUGUCACUCAUGAGCGUACAGCUCAGUGAACUUUCUCGAACACACUUGUGUUACCUGCACCUGGAUCAAGAAAUAGAAUAUUCACAGUACCCAGAAGCUCCCCUCAUGUCCCAUUCAACUUACUCUUCCCCACUCAAGGGCAACCACUAUCCUGACUUCUAACUCCAAAGAUGACUUUUGCCUGUGUUUGAGCUUUGCGUAAAUGCCAUCAUGAAGUGUGUGCUAUUUCAAUUCUGGCUUCUGUCACACAUUAUUAUGUUUGUGAGGCUCACCCAAGUAAUUGCAUAUAUCGUUUGUUCCUUUCCAUUGUUGUAUACUGUUCCAUUGUGUGAAUAUACCACGAUUUGUUUAUCUGUUCUGCCACUGAUGAGCAUUUGGGCACUUUACAGUUUAGGACUGUCACAAAUAAUGCUGCCAUCUAUAUCCUCGGACACAUCUUUCGUCUCAUCGGACCAGAUCGAGCAGCUCCAUCGGAGGUUUAAGCAGCUGAGUGGAGAGCAGCCCACAAUUCGCAAGGAGAAUUUCAACAAAGUCCCUGACCUGGAGCUCAAUCCAAUCCGAUCCAAAAUCAUCCAUGCCUUCUUUGACAACAGGAACCUGCGCAAGGGGCCCAGUGGCGUGGCUGACGAGAUCAACUUUGAGGACUUCCUGACCAUCAUGUCCUACUUCCGGCCCAUUGACAUCUCCAUGGACGAGGAGCAGGUGGAGCUGUGCCGGAAGGAGAAACUGAGAUUUCUAUUCCACAUGUAUGACUCAGACAGCGACGGCCGGAUCACCCUGGAAGAAUAUCGAAAUGUGGUCGAGGAGCUGCUCUCAGGAAACCCCCACAUUGAGAAGGAGUCUGCUCGCUCCAUUGCAGAUGGGGCCAUGAUGGAGGCGGCCAGCAUCUGUGUGGGCCAGAUGGAGCCAGACCAGGUGUACGAGGGGAUCACCUUCGAGGACUUCCUGAAGAUCUGGCAGGGGAUUGACAUAGAGACCAAGAUGCACGUCCGCUUCCUGAACAUGGAGACCAUGGCCCUUUGCCACUGACCCGCCGCCACCAUGAUCACUGCACUUUGCAAUGGGGAUGCUCCCCGUGUGGCCUUGAGCAGCUGUGGCCGCGGGCUGGCGGGCAGCCUUCUGCUGCGGCUCCUGUAAACCAGCACCUGCUUGUCCACUUGCUGGUUUGCGCCGUGUUCCUGUAGGGUAUGGUAGGGGGGACUCUGCUGUUUUUACCUCUAAUAAAAUAUGGGUUUGUUAAUGAGCAUGGAGUCCCUGUCUGUUCCUCAGUCCGGCGAGUGGCCUGGCUAUUUGGUGGAGCCCGACUGCAUGUGCAGAGCAUGGCGUGGCUGGUUUGGAAGACAAGGAUUUUUCCCCCCCUUUUUUGUUUAUUUCUGGUGUUUUGGGGUUUAUUUUGGGUUUAUUUGGGAGUGUCUGGUGCUUUCCUUGCAUAA